AUGGCGCCGUCGGCCCAGCCUCCAAAGGCUGAUACAAGGCUUCCUCGCAAAUCAGGCGUCUUCCCACCGAAGACGCUGCGCGAUCGGCUCCUGCAUCGUCUCCCACGAUACACCGGCCCAUACAAUGUGGGAUACAUGGAUAUCGAGGUUCCGGCGCGUGACCCACGCCCGAUCUCUGGCUUGAAGCGCGGGGGCAAGCCUGUCUUGCGACUGGACACAGUGCUCAUGGCCAUUUACCAUCCGGCCGAAAUUCGCGAAGACUUCAAGACGUCAGAUGGUAAAGAAAAGUUGCACCGCGUCAACUGGACGCCGCGUCCCCGGAUUGCGACGUCAAAGGGAUAUGCCAAGAUGAUGAACCUACCGUGGCCGCCGGUGACGGGCUACUUGGCUUUAACGACACUGUUCACAAAGCUGCCCGCGUUCCGAAAUGCGAAGCUGGCGCAACACUGGCCGGAAGAUAUGAAGAAUGACUCGGGGCCUGGCGGGCAAGCUGCGCGUGAAGAGGAGAGUCGAACAAGAACGAGACCCAAGUUCCCUGUGAUCAUCUUCAGUCAUGGCCUGGGUGGCUCACGGCUGUGCUAUAGUGCCAUCUGCGGCGAACUUGCUAGCUUUGGCUUUGUUGUGGUGGCGCUGGAGCACCGAGAUGGCAGUGCAGCCAGGACAUACGUCAGCCUGCCGGGCAACAUUGAAGCGAAUGAGAUUGAGUCCUCGACCGCGCGGAUCGUCGCGAACAAUGACGACGACAAGGAGCAUGGGAAGAAACGCGUGCACAGGAGAAAGAAACAGGAGCUCAACCCAUACUACGUCGUGGACUACAUCUACCCCAAGGACAACACGCAAGACACAUCGCCACGUAAUCCCAAGGGUGUUGACCAUAAGCUCCGAACGGCUCAAGUUGCCUUGCGGUUAGAGGAAAUCAAAGAAGCGUUCCACGUUCUUGAGCUGCUCAACCGAGGCUGCGGCGAAGAGAUUGCCAAGAUCAACCUCCGCAAAAAGGGCAACAUCGGGUCAAAUUUGCUCGGCUUGAAAGGCGUCGACUGGGACGACUGGAAGGACAGAAUGUUCCUCGACGGUGUCUCCAUUAUGGGCCACUCCUUUGGCGGAGCGACAACGUUCCAGGCAUGUCGUGAGGACCAGCUGAGCUGGAUCGGCCAGGGCGUGGCACUUGAUGCGUGGGGCAAUGGUACCCCUAUAGUUGGUGAUGCACCCGAGGAAAAAGUGACCAAGCCUAUCAUUUCCAUAUCCUCAGAGGCCUUCGUCCACUGGAAGAGUAACUUUGACCGCAUUGUGGGCAUCUGCGGAGAAGCGCGUGACGCAGGACAGCUGUGCUGGAUGCUGACCAUUGUCGGGUCGACGCACUUGUCGAUGAGUGACUUCUCAGUCCUCUACCCCCACUGGAUGUCGCGUUUUACGAAGUCCAUGGUUAAUCCGGAGCGCGCAUUUUACUUGACCAUAGCGGCUUCGCUCGAAUUCCUGGACACGACGCUCCCUCCCCAGCAGACCAAGUACAACACGUGGCUGAAUGAGCAGCUCCUUGAGGCAGGUGACCAGACUGAGCCCGACGAGACUCUGUUUCCGGACCAUGCACCAGAUGAUAAGUGGGUUGCCGUGCGACUCAAGAUCCCAAAUGAAUUCUGGACACGCAUCCGGGCCUGGUCCAGGCGGUUUCGGGCACGGGCUAUGUGCAGGGCAACUGACGGAUUAGAAAUGUUCGAUGUGGCUGACGUCGAUUGGAGCAGUGCGCAUCACAACCUGGACCCUCGAUCGACCACCACCAUCACCACAACACGCGAGAUCAACGACGCAAUGUGCGAGAACGGAGAAUCCAACGGCGUGGCUGCCCACGGGCCCACGACCUCGAAUGGCUCUCACCCUGUCCAGGGACAGCCCAAGUCCUCGCCUUACCAAUCCGUGCAGGACUACCUAUCGAACGUCGGCAGGUACAAGAUCAUCGAGAGUACCCUCCGUGAGGGAGAGCAAUUCGCCAACAGCUUCUUCGAUACCGAGACCAAGAUCAAGAUCGCCAAGGCUCUUGAUUCAUUCGGCGUCGACAUGAUCGAGCUCACGAACCCUUGCAGCUCUGAACAAUCGUUCCAAGACUGCAAGACCAUUGCCAGCUUGGGUCUCAAGGCAAGCAGGACUAAGGCCGAUUCGUAG